AUGUCAAACGGACACGGAAUGGUCACCCGAACGCGAGAUCGCGCCCCACUUGCCCCUCUCCCUUUGGCCAACUUCACCAUCGGUGCGGCAUCUACAUCAGCCUUCCUCGCACCCCCAUCGCCACUCUCAUUGGGUCACAAGCGGUCCGCGCCGUCGUCGCCGGGAUCAAGUAGGGGAGAAGGGAGCGGAUCAGCGAGUGGAAGUCGGAAGGUGUCGCGCACUGGGCUGGAUAAGGAUACGAGUGUGAGAUCGGGAAGGAGAGGGAGUGCGGAGAUCACGCCGAAAGUGAGGGAGAGGCUGGAGAGGGACGAUCUGGGAGUUGGGCGGAGUCCAGCGAGGAGACUGUUUGUGGGCGAAGUCGAAGCGAGUCCUAGAUCUGGCAUAUCAGGAAUGACUUUUACCCCACCCGCCGCUCCCCCUUCAUCCCAACCCCAAUUCCCCCUCCUCGCCCCUUCGCCCCCUCUCUCCCCCUACAGUCGCUCGGCCGCUUCAUCAUCCACAUCUCUGGCUCUACCCGUGGCCGAACCAGACGUCAACGGGGUCACGCGGAGUAUCCAUGACCCCGGAUUCCCGAUUCACCCCGACCACGCCACCCUCGGUGUGGGAAUCGGCACGCCCGACUCAAAGCGCGCACCCAGCCGGUCUCUGUCUGCUCCUGUAGACGACUUCUUCCCUUCCUCCUCUUCUUCCUCCAGUUCCAGACUGGACCGGCUGGAGGAUCAAGAAAACAUUCCCCCUCCGUCCCGCUCGGCGUCGACCGCGACUACCCCUUCAUCCUCAUCCGCCAAAAACUCUCCAUCAAAACGCAUACCCGGAUCGGGCUCGAGUGCGCGAAGUAGUCGCAGUACCGCGACGGAAAGCACGACCGGGUCGAGCGCAUACGAGGAGGAAGAUACUGUUCUUCCCGCGGGGCCGGCCGGCGGCUUCUCGGAGGAAAUGGGGGCGGGGCGGAGACCCAGGAAUGGGAAGAGCAAACUGGUGCAAAUGAUGUUGAGGGGAACAUCGGAUCCGGUCGAGCCGGAGACGGAGCCGGAGGAUGGGUCGGAUGAUGAUGGAGAGGAGUUGACGCCUGGGAAGAGGGGGGCGGAGAGGGAUGGGAAGCAGAAGUUGGCGAGGGAGGCGGAGGGGAAGUGA